AUGGAGCAAUUGAUUUUCGGAGGACGGAAAAUUUUGGCAGCACUCCAGUCCACGGCCACCGUAGUGCAACGCUAUAUGCAGCGAUAUCGUGUUCCAAAAUCCGUCAAAAUUGGAGCUCGACACAGUAAACGCCACUUCAGAAAUCUUCCAUCUGAACGCGCGAAAAGAUCACGAGCGGUUUCUAAAGUUAGUGAACAUACUAUGAAAAGAUCGAUUUCUAUGCGUGACGACGAUAGUGAUUCAACAGUAGCGAUGCAGUCGGAGAAAGUGCCGCCAGCAAAACGGUCAAACGAUACUGAAUUUGAUUUAGAACAAUUGAGAAUUAGCGGUAUGACUGUUAAUGGAGAUACAAAAGAAGUGCAUUUGAAAACAUGUGAUCCGGAAGCAGAACGGGUCGCAAUUUUGGAUUUUGGAGCUCAAUAUGGCAAAGUUAUUGAUCGCCGUGUGCGUGAAUUGCACGUUAAAUCGGAAAUGUUCCCAUUAAACACAACAGCUCGAGAGAUUCUUGAUCUCGGCGGAUUCAGAGCAAUUAUCAUUUCGGGUGGACCAAAGUCAGUAUAUGCUGACGAUGCACCUCAAAUUGAUCCGGAAAUUUUCACAUGCGGUUUGCCGGUUCUUGGAAUUUGCUAUGGUUUUCAAUUAAUGAAUAAAUACAAUGGGGGAUCUGUGACGAAAGAGGCGAUCCGAGAGGAUGGAGUUUGCAAAGUCAGCACAAUCACCUCGUGUCCGCUUUUCGAAGGGCUUGGUGACUUUGAAGAAGUCCUUUUAACACAUGGAGAUUCGGUUUCACUGAAAACUGUUGCUCCGAAUUUCGAGAUUUGCGCAACAAGCGGAAAUCAUGUAGCAGGUAUCUACAAUGAGCAACGAAAGUUGUAUGGUGUUCAAUUUCAUCCGGAAGUUGAUUUGACCAAAAAUGGUUCCCAAAUGUUUCUCAAUUUUCUGUAUCAGAUUGCUGAUUGUACUGGCAAAUUCUCAAUGCAAAGUCGCGAGCAAUUGUGCAUUCAGGAGAUUUUGCGCACCGUUGGCAACAAAAAAGUUUUGGUUAUGGUUUCUGGCGGCGUCGAUUCGACAGUUUGUGCAGCACUUCUCAAUAAAGCCAUUGGACCGGAACGCGUCACCGCGAUUCAUAUUGACAAUGGAUUCAUGCGAUAUGAAGAAAGCGAAGCAGUUGUUAAAAGUCUUGCAGCUGUAAAUUUGCCAGUUCACAGUUUCAAUUUUGGAACCACUUUCCUCACAAGCACUGAAAAUAAUGACGAAGACUCGGCAGAAGAAGUUACUCUUGAUCGGGCGGUUGAGCCCGAAAUCAAGCGCAAAAUUAUUGGGAACACGUUCAUUAGAGUCAAGGAUAUUAUAAUGAACAAGCUUAAUUUGAACCAGGAUGAUUAUUUCCUUGCUCAAGGAACUCUUCGGCCAGAUCUAAUCGAAAGUGCAAGUUUAUUGGCUUCCGGGCAUGCAGAUAUGAUCAAAACGCAUCACAACGACACUGAACUCGUCAGAGAGCUUCGCAGAAAGGGUCGUGUUAUUGAGCCUCUAAAAGAUUUCCACAAAGACGAAGUUCGAGAACUGGGAAAAAGCUUGGGAUUACCGGAGGAAAUUGUUCAGCGUCAUCCAUUUCCGGGACCAGGAUUGGCGAUUCGCAUUAUUUGCGCCGAGGUUUGUUUUUUCUUUUUCAAAUUGUAA